UUAGAAAUAUAAACCGUAUGUUCAGAAUUAGUAUUUUUCAGCUACACUGUUUUAUUGUAUUGGUUUUAAUCAUUCGCGUUGUCGUAUAAACACUAGCUAUGAGUCAUUUGUGGCAGAUGAUGUCAUCCUGUACAUGUUAACAUUUAAACUAACCAGUCAACCGGUCAACAACCUAAGUUAGUUGUGUGAUACUUUCUUGGAUUCUCUGAGUAAAAGCUGUGUUGAAGCUGUCAGAUAUGGAGAUUGAGGAAGAGAGAACUCGGGGAAACCCCACAGAGGAUUCUGAUCAACAGAUCCAGUCAGAUGAGAUUAAACAAGAAACUGUCCCAAAUAUUUGCCAGCACUUCCUCCUGGGCAGAUGUCAUUUCGGAGACAGAUGUCGUUUGUCUCACAGUGUGCUUGACGUCCCACAAACCACACACUCCGAGAAAGAUGAUACAGCCGUCACAGAAAAGCAGAGCAAGAGCCAAAAAAAUGGGAAAAAAUGUCACGCAGAAAAGCAGCAUAAAACGAUUGAGAAAAAAGGAUCUAAGAAGAAGCCACGGAUGCGUACGGCUGAUGAAGUUAUCUCCAGAAUCAUCUGGGACUCAUCAGUGGACCCUGCUGAUUUUAUAGUUGGCCACUUAGACCGCUUUUUAGGGGUGCUUGAACGCCCCUUCUCUGACUUCUCAUGGGACACUCAGGUGUGUGACUGUGACUUCUCUGAAGAGCUGGCUCUCCCUCGUCACAGGAUCGUGUAUUUCAGCUUUAAAGGCCAGCGGGUGUGGGAUAGAGACAGUCGCACUGAUCGGGUCUUUGGGUCAACAGGCCAGACUAUUCUGCCUCCUUUUUGUGGUGAAAAUCAACAACAAGACAAUCUAACUUCUGACACUGGACGACAAGAAGAAUCCACCAAUGGAGCAGAUGUUUCCACUGACCCCGAUCAAUCGACUGAAUUAUCUGAAGGACAGGAUGAUGUUGUAACCACAAUAACACCUUCAAAUAACAACCAAUCACAGGGAGACGCCCUAAAUCAUUCAGGAAAUGAAAACGCAGAGGAAGAAACCAAAGACCACAUCUUUCUUUCCCAAACAGGAUCUGCACCAGAAGGCAAAAACACAGCAACUGCCGAAGAUCCUGCUUUAAAUCAUUUGGCAGGACAUCUGACUAUCACUCAAAAAGAUGAACAAGCGGAAAUAGCGGAGGAAUGGAAAGACAGCUGGGAUGGAGUGAGUGGCUCAGAAGCAGAGCUGGCGUCGGCCAUCCUGCCACAACCACAGUCCAAACGCCCACCGCCACGCAAGCCCACCCACUUCAUCUGCUUCCGCGUGGAUUCUCCCGCUGCUCUCCAGGCCUUCCAGCGCGUUCAGAGGAAAGUUCUGUCCACCAUCCCUCAGUCAGAGCCGAUGUGGGUUAAUCCGGCAACUUUACACGUCACCCUCUCCUUACUUGUGCUCAACAGUGCAGAGGAGGUCGGUGCUGCAGCUGAGCUCCUGCGCACCACAGUCCGAUGCUCCCACAAACCCCCCAUUUCCGUGACGUUCGCACCUAAACUGAAGCACUUUAAUGGGACCGUACUCCACGUGGUCCCGCAGCCACUGUCAGACGUGCAGAGCCUGAAUUCGCCCCUUCAAGAAGCUUUCAAGGAUAAGGGUUGGCUUCACCGGCAUUCUCGAUGCCCAUCGUACCAUCUCACACUGGCCAAAGUGAAAAGGGAGCCCAAGGCAGAGAAGAUGUUUGAAGGGAUCGGGACUGUGAAGUUGGCUAAAGAUGUCAACUUUGGAAAGCUGGAAGUAAAUAAGCUGUAUCUUUGCGUGAAAGGUCAGAGAAACACGGAGAGUGGGUUCUAUCAGGUUGUUUGUGCCGUGCAGCUGCCCAAUGUGUAGUGCCUGGAUUUGUCACCUGAGCUCAGAUGAUUUUUAACUACAUCAAAUUCUUGAUGUGUUUUUAUUUAAAUAAAAAGUCUCAUGAAGUCUGGAAUGACGUGGAGGGAAUUCCCACAGCACAGGUGCUUAUUUUAAAUGUAUAAGUUGCAAAGAAAAUGUAUCUUUCUUUGUACAAAAUGGAUAUUUCAAAAAGUUAUUUUAACAAACUACAUUGAAUUUUGAUCAUAUUUUGAUAACAUGAUCUUCUUUUUACAAACCCAAACUUUGAUAACACAAAAUUUCAAUUCUGGCUGUCACGGUGGCUCAGUGGUUAGCACUGUUGCCUCACAACAAGAAGGUCGCUGGUUCGAGUCCGGCAUGGGCCAGGAGGCGUUUCUGUGGAGUGUUCCCAAGGGUUUCCUCUGGGUGCUCUGGUUUUCCCAAAGACAUGCGCUAUAGGUGAAUUGGAUGAGCUAAAUUGUUCGUAGUGUAUGAGUGUGUGUGUGUGUGGGUGGGUGUUCCCAAGUACUGGGUUGCGGCUGGAAGGGCAUCCACUGCGUAAAACAUAUGCUGGAAUAGUUGACAGUUCAUUCCUCUGUGGCGACUUCUGAAAUAGAGACUUAGCUGAAGGAAAAUGAAUGAAUGAAAUUUUCAAUUCUCGAUAACACAAGAAUCAGCAACACUGUAGCCCCUUUCACACAUACAGACCUUUCCUGAAAAUUGCUGGUAAUUUGUAGAAGUUGUAACGAUACUGGUAAUUUUCUGGAAUGCUGCGAUAUGUGUACGCAGAAGGAAAAUUGCUAGAAAGAUCUUGUUCACGCUUACAAGACGCUGACGUGAGACAUCUUCUCCAGCAACUGUGUAGACCACUUAUGAUAAACCGCUGUUUGUUUACCUUCAAGUUCUGCUUCAGUUGCUUGACGCGUAUGCAUUAGACAUGGGCCGGAUUCUGAUGGUAUGAUAACCUUGGAUAAAAAUAUCUCGGUAUAGUGAUUACUGCUCUAAAAUAUAUAUUUUUUAAAUGUCUGGGUAAAAAAAUAAAACUUUUUUUCCUUUUGAACACAAUUUUUUUUCUUUUAGGAAAACGUUUACAAUACUUUGGAACAGUAAACAUGUCAGGCUAAAUAAUUCAAAUCAAUUAUUGACUUCUGCUGUCUUCAUUUAUUUCAAAAACAGAUUUUGUUUUACAAUUUAAAUUGUACAUUUUUCAUCUUUGGAUAUAUUUUUCUGCUGGCGAUACUGUUGUCCUAAAAAACAAACAAAAAAAGUAAAUUAAAAAUCGUACACAUACCUUUGGAACAGUAUUGCACAAAAUUUUGCCGUUUUUAAUACCUUGACUCUUCCAAACCACGAUAUACCUUGAAAACGGUUGUCGUCCCAUGCCUAAUGUGCACAUGAAGCAGCCGGUGAGCACCAGCACACAUAUUAUGUACAUCUCAACAUGCGAAGGUUUUCCUCCAUAUGUUUACAUCAAAGUUGUUCACAAUACUUAUCCACCCACAGAGGUUGUAAUGUACUCAAAUGUUUACAAAUACAAGCACGGCCGUUUAGAGCUCAUUUCUGGUUAACGAUGUCAGAGUUUACCGGCAUUUUGGAAUGGAUGUGUGAAUGGUCUUUUUCAGAAAUAUUCUGGAACAUCCUUGCCUGUGUGAAUAACGCUUUUUUGAAUUUACCAGUAAAGUCAUUCCAGUAAUUUUCUGGAUAUUUACCGGA